AUGAAUUGCCCUACACAUGAUUUGGAGUUAGGGGUUGUGGUUUUUUCCCUUAAGAGUUUGAGGUGGUUGAAUGUGGUGAAGGACUAUGUCUACGAGAUUUUUUACCACCCUGGGAAGGACAAUGUUGUGGCCGAUGCCUUGAUUCACAAGACAACAAGUACACCCAUCAUGGAUCUGUGUUUGAGGGUGAUGAUUAUUUCACCAUUGUUGAAUUUGAUCAAGAAAUCUCAAGUGGAAGGGUUGAAGAGGGAAUACUGGAAGGAAGAGAGUAUCAUGGACAAGAUUUCGAUUUUUUUUAGGAAUAGUCAUGGAUUACUGACCCGGUGCGACAAUGUUUGGGUACUGGUUGCUCGUGGAGUUAGGCAGCCGUUACUGGAGGAAGCUUAUAAGUUGAAAUUUUCGCAAAAAAUGGACAUUUUUGAAGAAAAGGACUGA